CUGACUUCACGAGCAUGGGGCUUGGGCCUCCGAAGUCCGAGCCGCAACCCCCCCCCCCCCCUCCUCCCUCGGGACCCUCCACUCCAAGAUAGGAUUUUUUCCCACCAUCUCGUCAAGAGCAAGCAGCGUGCGAGGCAGGGAGGGGGAAGAGAAGUGCGUCCACCAUGGCGUUGACCAAGGUGCAGAGGAUUAUGACCCAGCCCAUCAACCUUAUCUUCCGCUUCCUCCAGAGUAAAGCGCGCAUCCAGAUCUGGCUCUUCGAGCAGAAGGACCUGAGGAUUGAAGGCAGGAUCAUCAUGUGGGAUUCUAUGAUUGCGAAAGUGAGGAAAGAGAUAUAUAAAUGGGAAAGGAAGCAACCUGAUGAGGAGUCGAACUUGUACUUGGUUAUUCAUAAAAUAUUGGUUGAUAGAUGAACAAGAUACUAUAGCAAACAGUGGUUGGAUGGAGGUGUUGGCCCUACACCUCCACACAAGGACAAAGAGGUAUAAAAAAUGAGGAUGACAUGCUUCAAGAAGUACUUUCGCAUACUAACAGAAUUGUCUCAAGUGAAAGAAGAAUACGCAAGGUUCUCUUGUUGUUCCGAAGAAUUCAAGAUCCUGACUCUCUCUAUGAUAGAUGGUUUGUUUCUUCUAUGAUUUGGUGGACAAAUCAUGGAUAAUCUGUUCCUUUAUUGAUGAAUUUGGCCAUCAAAUUGGUUAGCCAACCAGCCUCAUCUUCAUGCUGUGAGAGAAAUUAGAGUACAUAUAGCUUCAUCCACAGUGUCAAAAGAAAUGUCCUAACUCCAGAGCGUGCUGAAGAUUUGGUUUAUGUGCACUCAAAUCUGAGACAUCUCAAGAAGGACUAAUGAUUACAAGAAAGGGGAAUCAAGGAUAUGGGACGUGGGAGGAGAUUCUUCUAAGUGGUUUAAGGAUUCUUGAAGUGGCUACCUUCCCUUGAUGAGCCUGAAUUGCGAGCCGUAUCUUUUGGAGAUGUGGAGGUUCAUAUUUAGGAGAAUAAAGCUGAAGCAAAUCCUGAAGAAGCCUAGUUGGAUAAACUUGCAAGCUGCAGCUACUGCCUGCUGCACUAUCCUAGCUAUUAUGUCCUUUAGAAGUUCCUAAAUUUGAGACUGUUGUGUUAUGUAAUAGAACUUAAGUAAAGCCUGCUAUCUGCAAUGUUGAACUUCUAUGUUUUAUUGUGUGAACUACUUAACUUUCCAAUUUGAGACUCACGAGAUGUGUUUCUUUUAUGUUAUUAUGUGU